UUUUUACCCCGAAUAGAACAUCAUCUCCGAAAUGCUAUUCAAAAGUUAUAUUUCGAUUUUUCUGGCCAGUCUCCUUUAUAAAACAAGUGGAAAAGGAUACGAAGGCUACAAAUGGUGCACGGUGGCUAGAAAUGGAAUCUGUGUUAAUUAAUAAAUAAAUAUUAACAAAAGUCUAGAGUCAACUAAUAAAGAUAUAUGGGCCAAGAAAGACGUGGGCGUCUUUAAUCUCGAGGAAGUUGGUUCGUGGUUAUUAAACCUUUGCUUUAGUACUUCGUGGUCGAUACGUGGAUGUAAAAACACAUUUUCCUCAACUCACACGCAACUGUUUAUUUAUCUAUUGCGGAUUGAAAAGUGUAGACCCUUGAAUUAGACAUUGGCUUUUAAGCACCGACAGUAGUCUAACUAAAAUCGUUUGUUGAACAUCAACACUAGUUCACUCAAGUUAAGUUCGGUUAUAAGUAAAAUAGUCUUCGUUAGAGCAAUGGUGGAUGCUAAACCCAAUUCGGAAAGUUUUAUGCAAAAUGUUCUGGGAAUUUUCACUGAAAAUACAAGCACCAAGGGACAGUGGCCUAUGGUCAGCAGUUUUUUUUGCCCGUUCCUUAUGCUCAUCAUUUGGAUAGCCUCCCUAUCUAUUUUAAUUUGUAUAUGCGUGUGCUGCAAGUUCGUGAAGUCGGAAACGUUCACCAGCUACGACUCAAACAGCAUUGAGAUGCAGGAGGUUCGUAUCCUGGAGCCUAAUUUUAAACACUUCAAAGGAUGUGCAUGUUUGGAGUGUCUGCAUCGUCAAUUGGCCAAGGAAUUGGAUAUGAAAAGUGUAAAUUAA